UUGCUGCAGCGGUUCUUUCUUCUCUUGCUGCUUCCUCAGAUUUUUGAUCUGUUUUGCUUGGGUUCGUAAUUUGGGAGCAGCCCCCAUGAGGAGGCGGAAGGAGAGGCAGAGCGCAAAGAUUGAGGACGAAGAGGAUCUUAAAGACGACAAGAAGGCUUCGUCGUCUGUGGUCGUUUCAAGCAGUGACGAUGAAGAAGCAAACGAGGACCUGACUCUCAAGAUUGAGGAGAAAGCCCAACGUAUGCGUGAGGCGAAGCUUCUCCAGAAUGGUGGCGAAUUGGACCGUGACGGUGACUUUGGCUGCGAUGUCGAUCUGGAAAGUGCAGAGAUUGAGAUGAAGAGGAAUAAAAAGAAGUUUAAGAAAAUUGAAUCUGGGGAUCAAAGUAUUAUUACAGUAGAAGAACAAGAGACAAGCGAGGCAAUCAAAGCCAGCGAAACAAACGAGCCCCCAGAAGCAAGUCCAGUUCAGAUGGGUGACAAUAUUGUUCUACGAAAGCUGCUUCGGGGCCCCAGGUAUUUUGAUCCUCCUGAUAGUAAUUGGGGAACUUGCUUCAACUGUGGUGAAGGAGGUCAUACUGCAGUGAACUGUAAAGCAGGGAGACGCAAGAAACCAUGCUUUGUAUGUGGAAGCUUGGAGCAUGCUGUAAAAAAUUGCACCAAGGCACGAGACUGCUUCAUCUGCAAGAAAGGUGGUCACCGUGCCAAAGACUGUCCAGAGAAGAUCACCGGUGGGUCUAAAAGUUCAGUAUUCUGUUUGAAGUGUGGGAAGUCGGGGCAUGAUAUGUUUCAAUGCAAGAAUAGUUAUUCAUCAGAUGAUCUUAAGGAAAUACAAUGCUAUGUUUGCAAAGCAUUUGGCCACUUGUGUUGCGUUGAUUCUGAUGAUGGUCCGAGAUGGGAAGUUUCUUGUUACAGAUGUGGUCGAUUGGGUCAUACUGGUCUGGCUUGUUUGAGGUUACAAGAGGAGAACACUGGUGCAGCCACACCUAGUUCAUGCUUUAAGUGUGGUGAAGUGGGACAUUUUGCUCGGGAAUGCGCCAAUUUUGCUAAGGUAAUAUUGGAGGAGACCACUGGUGCAGCCACGCCUAGUUCAUGCUUUAAGUGUGGAGAAGAGGGACAUUUUGCCCGUGAAUGUACAAGUUCCGCCAAGGUAAGGAAGAAGAAUCGCCAAUUAUUAAAAUCUCCUAGAUCCCGUAAAGAGAAAGAUUACGUUGAAUAUGGGUCUGCACCAUCUAAUAUGGGUAAGGCCCAUAAAAAGAAAAAGAUCCGAACUGAUGAUAUGGUUGCAAGCACUUCUCGCAAGUCAAAGCGGCGGGUUGAUUGGAUGAAUGAGGAUGUCGAAGAUUUUCCUUCAAAGUUCAAAGACAGAGGUGCUACCACUCCGAAGAAAUCCAAGCCGAGAGGCGGGUGGAUGUUUGAGGAUCCUGGAGACUAUGAUUCACCAAAGCCUCAGGGAAAAUCGAAGCGUAGAGGUGGUUGGAUGGCUGAAGAUCCUGAAGAACACUAUCCCAGAAAGUUCAACAACAGAUGGAUGUCUCCUGCAACCCCGCCCAGAUGGAAGUCAUUCAACCAUGCUGGAUCCUCAGGAUCAAAAGGAUUAGCCAAUUCUUUUCAUCAUAGAUCCUCAGCAUCGAGGUUUGGCAGAAGUAACAAUCCACCACCAAGGUAUGACUGGUGGUAGCUCUCCAUAAUUUUGCGAUCUGGAUGUCCCUGUUUGUCAUAUUACCUUACAAUAGCAUUUGUAAGUUUGAAGUCAAUCGAUUAAAUUAAUUUUUCUUUUAUUCGUUUGACACCAUCCUUUUUGUUUGGGUUUGGCCAUCUUCAUCGAUCCCCCGAAACGUUCAUUUUCGUGUACAUCUCAAACUUUAAUAGACGGGGAUCAAGAAUUGUUUUACACUUGCGUUUUUUAA